UGGUUUUGAUUGCACCAAGGCGCAUUUGUGUUGCUAGCGUUCUGUCGAAUUACGCAGGAGCGUUAGAAUCGCUAGCGGGGCUGUUAACGGGGCUGGCUCGGCUACUUUGCGCAUGUGCUCGUGCGGAGGCCAGAGCUGGACGAGCGUGUCCUGAAGCGCGCGUACCGUCGCGACGUGUGGUUGGCGAACAGCCUGCUGGACCUGAUUGUGGAGCGGUUGGCGCGCGAUCCAAGCGUGUCGGCCGCCUUGGACCCGCUGACCCUGGACGAAGUGGUCAUGGACCGCGGCCGCAUCUUCAAUGUGUCCGUGGAAGGCCUGAGCCGACUGCACCGGUCCGCGGACACUGUGCUCCGGUUACGCAACGCCUACACCGUGGCCAUCGAGGGGCAGCUCACGUUCGGCAGCCUUUUCAUCAAAAGCAUGUAUCACUUCAGGCCCAUUUCGGUGCUCGAGCUAGAGGGGCACAUGGACGUUCUACUGACGGGCCUCACGGUCGGCAUCGAGAUCCGCGUCCAGCAUGAAGUCCCCGUGCUGACACAGUUCAAGGUGGUCGAAUUUGGGGAGGCCGACGUCACGCGCUUCACGGGCGCUACGAUUGCCCUCAACUGGCUUGGCCGUAUUUUGACCACGGAGCUGCUGCGCCAGUACAAGGAGUACAUCGUCAUCACCAUCGAGACCAAGGCGAAGUCAUUCAUCGAUUCGGUGCUCGAGAACAUUAAGCUGCCUUUUCGUAGCAAGUUCCUUGAGAUCACGAACCACGCUCGCAAAGCGCACAGGGAACGGCGAAUUAUCCGUCGAAAACAUUAAAUUGCUGUUUUUGUUCUGGCAAUGU